AUGAAUGUGCAGCCCACCCAUCAAACUGCCCUUCUGCCCAAGGGUAUUCCCAUAAUGAAUGUGCAGCCCACCCAUCAACCUGCCCUUCUGCCCAAGGAUAUUUCCAUAAUGAAUGUGCAGCCCACCCAUCAACCUGCCCUUCUGCCCAAGGAUAUUUCCAUAAUGAAUGUGCAGCCCACCCAUCAAACUGCCCUUCUGCCCAAGGGUAUUCUCAUAAUGAAUGUGCAGCCCACCCAUCAAACUGCCCUUCUGCCCAAGGGUAUUCCCAUAAUGAAUGUGCAGCCCACCCAUCAACCUGCCCUUCUGCCCAAGGAUAUUUCCAUAAUGAAUGUGCAGCCCACCCAUCACCCUGCCCUUCUGCCCAAGGGUAUUCCCAUAAUGAAUAUGCAGCCCACCCAUCACCCUGCCAUUCUGCCUAAGGGUAUUCCCAUAAUGAAUGUGCAGCCCACCCAUCACCCUGCCCUUCUGCCCAAGGGUAUAUCAAUAAUGAAUGUGCAGCCCACCCAUCACCCUGCCCUUCUGCCCAAGGGUAUUCCCAUAAUGAAUGUGAAGCCCAUCCAUCACCCUGCCCUUCUGCCCAAGGGUAUUCCCAUAAUGAAGGUGCAGCCCACCCAUCACCCUGCCCUUCUGCCCAAAGGUAUUCCCAUAAUGAAUGUGCAGCCCACCCAUCACCCUGCCCUUCUGCCCAAGGGUAUUCCCAUAAUGAAUGUGCAGCCCACCCAUCCUGACCUGCCCAAGGCUGUCAGGGUAGCUCCUGAUGAGACAGUGCAAGUCCCCAAGCUGGUCUGCAGCUACACUGGUGGCAUAUGGCAUGUCCAGCUCUACUUUUAG